CGAGGGCUUGCUGUAUCAGAGCUGGAGAAUGACAAAACGCUCACAGAUAACUGUUGGAAACAAAAAGCCUUGACUGUUGGUGGUACUUGAGGACCGGAGGGUUGAAAAUCGCUAAUGGAACGGUUCCAUUAAAAAAAAAAAAAAAGGAUUCUGCAGGGCUGGUUUGCAGGCAAUAAACUUCAUCACAGCCAGUGGUGAGGUGGUCUCUGAUCUCCUGCAGAAGGUUCAAUCCACAUGCCUCUGUCAUCAACACAGCCAUAGCGAAGUGCAGUUUCAGUGCAAGUGGUGGUAUCAGAGUGCUGCAGCAUGCCAUCCACUGGUGUGCCACUUUCAGCAUGGGGAAUAACAGCAGAUAGUGUGUUCUCCUGUCCGGACCUGGUCAUUGGUCUGUUGCUGGGUUUAAAUAUAUAUAUAUGUGUGUGUGUGUAGAAAACAACUGAUAAUGAUAUAACAAAUCUACAUUUAAAAAAAAAAAAAAUAUAUACAGGGACUGUGAAGUAUUUCUUUAAAAUGAUUUAAAAGCUGACCUUGCCUAACAGUGAAAGUGAAGAGCUGUUUUUUUUUUUUUUUUUUUACUACCUUUGGUCUUACCUCUCAGCUGUAAACAAAGCAACUUUAAAAUGGAUUCCUCGGGAAAAGUUGCCAUAAGACCCUCCUCCCGGUGUCGCUGAUUAGCCGCAUUCACCGUGACUGAAAUUAGACGUCUUCAUCGGACUAGCUUGCCGAUUCGCCUAACAGGCUGCCAGUCACCGCUGCCCCGCCUUCCGAUGUUGCAGCAUGGAGGAUAGAACGUAAAAAAGAAGUCUAGAUACUGUGAAGCGAGCAAGGAGGGCGAUCUUCUAAUUUGCAAAGACUCCGACGUGGAAAAAGAUCACAGCAAAAGUGAUGCACGAUGCCCAUAGUGGACAAACUGAAAGAGGCUCUGAAGCCGGGUCGGAAGGACUCUGCUGACGACGGCGAUCUCAACAAGCUCCUAGCGUCCUCCGCAAAGAAAGUGCUGCUGCAGAAGAUCGAGUUUGAGCCUGCCAGCAAAGGCUUCUCCUACCAGCUGGAGGCACUCAAGAGCAAGUAUGUCAUCCUCAACCCCAAAUCUGAGGGAGCGACAGGACAGAGGCCCACAGAAGUGAUCCAGAUAAAAAAACAAGUCUCAGAAAAUGUGAGUGGGGGGCACAGCGAUGGCAUUCCUGCCCCUCACAAGAUGCUGUUCCCAGGGAACAGGCUAUCCAUGAAGUGGGAGCGAGUUUAUCGGGUUGGAGCUGGCCUCCACAACCUGGGCAACACUUGUUUCCUCAACUCCACUGUGCAGUGUCUUACCUACACCCCACCGCUAGCCAACUACCUCCUGUCCAAGGAGCAUAGCAGAUCAUGUCACCAGUCUGGGUUUUGUAUGAUGUGCAUUAUGGAAAACCACUUAAUCCAGGCUUUCGCCAACACUGGCAACGCCAUCAAACCAGUCUCCUUCAUCAGAGACCUGAAAAAAAUUGCCAGACAUUUCCGCUUCGGGAGUCAGGAGGAUGCACAUGAAUUCCUGCGCUACACCAUUGAUGCUAUGCAGAAAGCCUGCCUUAACGGGUACACCAAGUUAGACAGACAAACACAGGCGACCACUUUAGUCCAUCAGAUAUUUGGAGGUUACCUCAGGUCAAGAGUCAAGUGUUCAGUUUGCAAAAGCGUGUCGGAUACCUACGACCCUUAUCUGGACGUAGCGGUUGAGAUCCGGCAAGCUCCAAACAUUGUCCGAGCUCUCGAGCUGUUUGUGAAGCCAGAUGUCCUGAUUGGAGAGAACGCCUAUAUGUGUGCAAAGUGCAAGAAAAAAGUGCCAGCGUCUAAGCGGUUUACAGUUCAUCGGCCGUCCAGCGUCUUGACCUUGUCUCUCAAGAGGUUUGCGAACUUCAGCGGAGGCAAGAUCACCAAGGAUGUUGGUUACCCCGAAUUCUUGAAUAUCCGCCCAUACAUGUCCCAGAGCUCCGGGGACCCUGUUAUGUAUGGACUGUAUGCUGUUCUGGUGCAUUCUGGGUACAGCUGCCAUGCUGGUCACUACUACUGCUAUGUUAAAGCCAGCAGUGGACAGUGGUACCAGAUGAAUGAUUCCAUGGUGCAUGCCAGCAAUAUCAAAGUUGUUCUCAACCAGCAGGCCUAUGUUCUGUUUUAUCUAAGAAUUCCAGACUCAAAGAAGAGCUUGGAUGGUCUUGGGUCUAAGCAGGGCUCGAUCCAGUCUGGAAGGAACUGCAUGACACCAGAACUAGCAAAGAAAUCCACUCUUAAUGGAACUCUUUCUUCACCGCAAGUAGGGAAGAAACUGGAGUCCCCACAGUUGAGGAAGAUUCAGGCUGCUGAUGGAGUUGGUAUUCCGGUCCCCCGUAACGGCACCAGCCAGUCCCCAAAGCUCUCUCAGAGCUCCCAGUCCCCCAGGACCCCUUCCAAGCCCUCCAACACCCCUGCUGUGAUUGACGAGCCGAUGAAAAAGGUGAAGAAGGCGUCGCCACCGCUUCAGGCACGGGGCAGUCACGGGCCGGUUGUCAAUGGUACCGGUGGAGGCAGGUCUGAGAGCGACAAACGUUACGGGUCUGAGAACCGGGGUCUUGCCAUGUCUACCUCAAUGAAAUCACUGUCAGAGGCAACUGCAGAGGGGCAGGAUCAGAAGGAUUUGGACCCUGGUGAAUCCCACCUCAAGGAGAGGGGGAGCCCUUGUGGCAUUCCCAACGGAGACACCCCCAUGAGGAAUGGUUUGAAUGGAUUUCAGUCGCCCAGUCGAGGGACACCAGCCCACGCUGCCACCAAGGGCAAGGCAGCUGAUCUGAGUGGGACAGAGGAGCAGAAGAUGGUGGUGAAGUUAAAAUCCCAGGCCCUGAUGAAUGUCUCCUCUGAACCCAUCAGCACCAUGUCGCCCCCGCCUGCCAAGAGGCUGGCACUCUCAGCUAAGAAGGCGGGCAGCUCCCUCCAGACACCGAGCGGCAGUGAGCCUCAGUUCCCUCCACGCCUUCCGUCCAGCAAUCCCCCUCGUCCAGUAAAACACCACCACCUCACCUCCUCAUCGCCAGCACACAAAAACAGGGUUCUCCCAUCCCAUUCUCCCAGAUUGCAGAUUCCGUCUAAAUUAGGAUUCGGCUCCACAUGUAGUAAUAGUAGAAGCCCCAAGAAAAUGUCAGUUUCCUCUGAAUCUGAUUCACUGAACUCACAGCGGCCCUCUUCCUCCCACCUCAACGGAUUUUCUGGCAUAGCUAUGGUGCACCACAGCCCGUCUGGCCCUGACUCCAAGGCACCAGUCGAACCCGGGACCAGUUCAGAAACUCUUCCCGCUGGUACAUUGGAGCGUGAAUCCAGCCUUAACCUCAAAAGAAAAAAGAAGAAACAUAAACGCAGAUCAGAGGGAGUGGGAGAGGAGUGCCCACCACCAGAGCCUGAGGUAUCUGCAGAGACCAGCUACGAGGAAGUGACAGAGGUCCCUCACAAAGAGAAGAAGAAAAAGAAGAAGAGAAGGAGGGAAGAGGAGUCAUGGGAAACGGACCCUCCCAGGACUAGCGUACACACUCACCUGGAGGAGAAGGAAGAGGACUGGAGUCUCGCUGGGUCCUGGAGCAUCACUGCGUCCACACAACACAGUGAGAAAGGUGAGCCCGAACACACGGCCAGACAGGGCGACGCUUCAGGAGAAUCUGCCUUGCACAGUCCUGGAGGAGAAGAGGAAACGGCAGUGCGAGUCAAAAAGAAGAAAAAGAAGCAAAGGGAAAAACACAGAGAGACAACUGUAGAAGAAACGGUUCCAGAGCCGGUGUUGGAAAGCUCAACACUGGAGAACCAACAACCAGUGAUGAACACGGAUGAACUGACAGAAUCAAAAAAGAAGAAAAAGAAGAAACACAAAAAAGAAAGGCAGGACAAAAAUGAGGAAAGGCGGAAGAGAAAGAGAAGUGUGAGUGACGAGGAAGAUGCUGGUUUCGAUCCCAGUCCUGCGGAGCACACGGUUAACAGCAAAAGAAACAGAGAAACCAAACAAGCUGCAGUGUUCGUUUGGGACAGCCAGGUUCAGGAUGGUUAUAAACGUACAGUGAACGCUCCCACGUUGGAGAACUCCUGCCCGGCUCCAAAGCCUUCCAGUCUUGCCUGGGAUGGCAAAAAAGGGUCGAGUGUAGUGGAUGAGCUUCUUAAACACUCCAUGGAUAAGGCAUAUGGAACAGAAGUCCUGACUUGGGAGGGGGAUGUCUCUGCUGUCAGCCGGGAUGCUAUUGAGGAUGCUAGAUCUGCUAAAAACGACACUGUGAUUGAUGAAUGGGACGAGGAUUUUGACACCGGAAAAGUUAAGAAAAUUAAAUUUAAACAGGAGAAAAAGAGAAACUUCAACGUCUUCCAGAAAAUGCAGACCCAUCGUAAUUUCUGGUCGGCCACCCAUCCAGGGAAGUUCGCCAGUCUCGGCUACCGAUACUGAACUGGGAGAUUCGGGUAAAACAUAUACAUUUUAAGAAUAUGGAAUAAUGAAGGGAUCAUACAGAGAUUUGGCAACGGGCAGCUGUAGAAGAUUUUGAGUCUCCUCCAUGUGAUGCAGUGAAUGUGAAAAUCAAACAUCGUCGUCAUUAUCCUCCUUCUUGUCUAAUGCUGUCUGGAAGCCUGAAGCUUCACUGAACCAAAGGAAGGCUGGAAGCCAUAUGAGGACCGUACUGGACUGAAACUCACUGAGUGGCCUCUGGCAUGACAGCCAGCCAGCCAGCCGCUGCUGUGAAACAGUGUGUACAAACUGCUAGGUGCAGGGCUCCAUUUUUGAUUAAAUUCUAUUUUUGACUCUGGGUCUGUUUAGUAGGAUGCAUACCAAGUACAAAACCACUUCUUUACUGUUCUCCUAUCUUUAUAUUGAAGAGUAUAUGGAUACAGUAGUGGUUCAGUGGUAAAGCCGUACUGUUUUAGUGACUUGUAAUAAUUAUAAAUGCAUGUUUGGUUUUCAUAGUCCUUAACAAUUUGUACUUAUGUUUACAACUUUAUAGAGGAUGUGGGUGUUAUGAGUUUAGUUGCCCAUUUAAAAAAAGAAAUACAAUGUUAUUGUUAAAAUACUGAAAAUCUAGUAUAAUUGUUGGUAUUGAGAGGGAGUGGUCUUUUCAAUGUCAAUCUCACUCGGUCUCUCCUCUGUACCUGCUAUUGUAGAAACAGAUCAAGCAGCGUUGUGGUUUUGAAAGGACUAACGUUUAGACAGAGGUGCAAUGCAACAUAAUGUUCAGAAUGCACAACAAAAGUGUUCUGAUGAGGCAAGCAGUGGAAGAGCUUAUUAUCCCUGCAGUAAAGGAAUUAAUCAAAACUGUGUUUUAAAAGGACAACAAUGCCUUCUACACAAGUAACAAGUAGACUGGGUUUCUUCAAACUCAAGGGGGUUUCUCCUACUUGAAUAUAUUGUUGGCAGGCAUACACACACACACACACACACGUAGCUACACAGUCUCAAUCUGUAACCCUAACCCUGCUGAAACUUUACUGUAAUUUCUUUUCAUACUUUCACCAGGGUUACCUAAUCCUAAUAUUCAGUCGGCUGGCAGUAGAAAUGGCAUACAUUUCCCACAGUUCCACCCAUUUUAAAAGCUGUGGCUAUCCCCUAUGCACCCUUUUCAGUGGUAUUCAGUAAUAAUAAAAAUAAACCUCUGAAACCGGUUUCAUUUUAAUAACCAGAUUUCUAUUUAAAAUUGCUCAAAUAUCUUA